CAAGAACCGAACUUGCCAAAUCGACCCGUGCUUUUGGUCAAUUACGCGGUGAAAGAUGAUCUCCUCUGACGCUAAGCUCCAAAAAAGUGGCUGCUCGACUCCUCGUCUCUCACGUGCAACAAAGAAUCCGUUGGAUCACUUGAACUCUUUGCACUAGUUUUCCGGAUGCAGAGCCGAGCUUUUGUGGAACAUGUCAUGGAUAAAGGAAGGAUCAAGGAGUUGUCAAGGGGUGCAAAGCAGUUAUGCAAUGCUUUACAAAGGCUGGCUUUUGCCAAGGAGCAACUUGGCCGAAGCAUCUUCUUCAGGGCAGGAUGAUCUUAGCCUUUCUUGCUUGCUUAAUGUUGCUCUUGGGUGUUACACCCACCAAAUUCAUUCGAUUUACUGUUUGUUCAUGUCCAUAUGUCAAACCAGCUGACUCCAUGGAGGAAGUAUUUCUGAAUAUGUGAUCCAAGGAGAAGCUCGCCGCUAAUGCCGAUCUGUCUGCAGUAGCAAAGGCGCGUGGCAUUGACUUCUUCCUGGUGGCAUUUGUCGACCUGCGGGGUGUCUUGCGGACAAAGAUGGUCCCCAGCAGUGCCAUCAAACAGAUUCAACGUGAUGGAGCAGGAUUCGCACCAGCAGCGACAUGGCUGGAUUUCGGGCCGCAUGCGGCAGACCUUCUGGUGAUGCCCGACGCCAGUACUUUGCUCCAGGUACCUUUCAGUCCGGAGCUGGCAGUGGUUAUGGGCGAUUGUUUCAUCGAAGGAAAAGAAGUAGCACAGUCACCGCGUGCAGUGUUGAAGGCCCAGAUCGCAGAAGCCCAGAAGCGCGGUUACGUGUUGAAGUCCGGCGUGGAGGCAGAAUUCUUCAUUCUAUCUGCGCAGAAUGAUAGCAUUUCUGAUGAGCGGGACAUCCAAAGCAAGCCGUGUUAUGAUGCUCAAUCGAUGAUGCGAAGAUACGCACUGUUAGCAGACAUCGUGAAGACCUUGAAUGCCUGCGACUUCGGGGUGUAUCAAACAGAUCAUGAAGAUGCCAACGGUCAAUUUGAGAUCAACUGGCACUACCGGGAUUGUCUUACAACCGCAGAUCAACACGUCUUCUUCAAAUGGGCAGUCAAGACCUUGGCUGAGCGCCACGGCUUCCGUGCAACCUUCAUGCCCAGACCCUUCAGCAAUCUCAGUGGGAAUGGAUGCCACAUCCAUUGCUCCCUCUGGUCGGGGGAGAAGAAUGUCUUCGAGGGCAAGGAGAGCAUUUCGGACUUGGCUUUGCAGUUCUUGGGCGGAGUCCUGGCGAAAGCUCCAAGCUUCUGUGCGGUUACUAACCCAACGGUGAACUCCUACAAGCGGCUAAAUGGUGCCGCCACCGCUUCUGGUUACACCUGGUCUCCGAACCGUGUGUCGUGGAGCGGCAACAAUCGGAGUCACAUGGUCCGGGUUCCGGACAAUGAUCGUUUUGAGCUCCGAUUGGCGGAUGGAGCGGUGAACCCAUAUUUGUUGCCUGCCUUGAUGAUGGCCUGUGGAUUUUGGGGGAUUGAUACGAAGGCUGAUCCAGCAAAGUGCUCAUUCCCCGCCAAUGUGAAUAUGUACGAGAUUCCUGAUGGCUCGCCCAAGUUGGAAGGUAUUGCCUCGUUGCCGAGGAACCUUAUCGAUGCCACGCGAGCAUUGGAAAGUGACAAAGACUUAUCAGCUCUGCUAGGUGCAGACUUCAUGAGAGCCUUCAUCAAGCUUCAAAAGCUGGAAUGGGCAGACUUUUCAGCUCAUCUCUCCACCUGGGAGCUGAUGCAAACCCUUGAUUGCUGAAGCCGCAGUC